CCUCUCCAGGAGCGCACAGCGCUCGCCGCGGCCGCCGCCGCCCCGCCCGCCCUGAGCCGCCGGGCCAGCGAGCGCAGUAGCAGGUGCUCAUAGCCCAGCCGCGCCAGCCUCGCGCGGCUGCUGCCCAAGUUCGCCCGGGGCCCGAGGAGGGCCGGGCCACCGAUAAAGGAGCGCAGCCGCCGCCGCUGUUGCUGCCACCGCCAUCGUGGACUUGGAGUCUCGAGAGGAGACCGGCCCACGGAGCAGCGAGCUCGGAUCAGCAGCGAGUCCCGAUUAGCCCUUGGAGGUGUUGCCUGGGCUCCGCAGUUCCCAGCUCCCAGCGCCCUGGGAGGAAAAGAGGCAAAGAAUAGCAUAGCUGGGCUUUUCUGGAUACAGCCCGUGCCGAGGGAAGAAACGAUAGUUCCCUGGGACCAGCAAUCUUGGAGGGGCCCGGCAGCGAGUGGUUUUCCGCAGGACGCCCCGAGAAGCCCCCGGCCCCAGACGACAGUAGACACCUCGCGGGACUCAAGCACUGGACUUGGGGAAGCCUGGGGACGUCUCGGUGGAAGGCAGCCCCCGCAGCCGUGAGAAAGAAGGGUCCUGGAGGAAAAGAAAGGAGGAAGUCGCCACUCGGCGACCACUCUCCCCAGUACACACCCACCCCACCCGCCGAGCCUGGAGCCGCGGAGCGCCUCUGGGGGCGCUCGUUCCUUGGCGCCUUCUCUCGUAUGUCCCAGCUCCACUGGGCUACGGGCCAGACUGGUGGGGUCCCCGGGACUGUCCAAACCAGGCAUGGUGAUCCAGUGGUCCCUCUCUCGGGAUCAGCGUAAAAACUGGGGUUAGUCGGUGCAAGGGGGACUCAGCUCAGGGUCCCCCAAGUCCAGGACGAGGGGAGGACGGCAGGCACAGAGCCCAGGGAUUGGAAAGGCGGCUCCUACUGGGGCCCCUCCGGAGGUAGUGCCCUGUGACUCGCAUCCUCCUGGAAGACCCGGGGCCAGCAGAGCCUGGGAGGCGCUCGGGAGAGGCCAGAGCGAGGGGCGGCGGGCCGAGGCUGCACUCAGUCCCGGGCGAGCGCCGCUGUCGCCAGCCUCGGGCUGAAUGAAUGAGUCGAAGCGGCGGAGCCCGGCUGCCCGCGACCGCGCUCACCGGCCCGGGACGCUUCCGUAUGGCCCGCGAGCAGCCGGCGCCCGCGGCGGUGGCGGCAGCCAGGCAGCCCGGGGGCGACCGGAGUGGCGAUCGGGCACUGCAGGGGCCAGGGGUCGCCCGCAGGGGGCGGCCGUCACUGAGUCGUACUAAAUUGCACGGGCUGCGGCACAUGUGCGCGGGGCGCACGGCGGCGGGAGGCUCCUUCCAGCGGCGGGCGCUGUGGGUGCUGGCCUUCUGCACGUCCCUCGGCUUGCUGCUGUCCUGGUCUUCGAACCGCCUUCUUUACUGGCUCAGCUUCCCGUCACACACUCGAGUGCACCGCGAGUGGAGCCGCCAGCUGCCGUUCCCCGCGGUCACCGUGUGCAACAACAACCCGCUGCGCUUCCCGCGCCUCUCCAAGGGGGACCUCUACUACGCGGGCCACUGGCUGGGGCUGCUGCUGCCCAACCGCACGGCGCGCCCGCUGGUCAGCGAGCUGCUGCGGGGCGACGAGCCGCGCCGCCAGUGGUUCCGCAAGCUGGCCGACUUCCGCCUCUUCCUGCCGCCGCGCCACUUCGAGGGCAUCAGCGCUGCCUUCAUGGACCGCCUGGGCCACCAGUUGGAGGACAUGCUGCUCUCCUGCAAGUACCGGGGCGAGCUCUGUGGCCCGCACAACUUCUCCUCAGUGUUUACAAAAUAUGGGAAGUGUUACAUGUUUAACUCAGGCGAGGACGGCAAGCCUCUGCUCACCACAGUCAAGGGGGGGACGGGCAACGGGUUGGAGAUCAUGCUGGACAUUCAGCAAGAUGAGUACCUGCCCAUCUGGGGAGAGACAGAGGAAACAACGUUUGAAGCAGGAGUGAAGGUUCAGAUCCACAGUCAGUCUGAGCCGCCUUUCAUCCAAGAGCUGGGCUUUGGGGUGGCUCCAGGGUUCCAGACCUUCGUGGCCACACAAGAGCAGAGGCUCACAUAUCUGCCCCCACCGUGGGGGGAGUGUCGGUCCUCCGAGAUGGGGCUCGACUUCUUUCCUGUUUACAGCAUCACCGCCUGUCGGAUUGACUGUGAGACCCGCUACAUUGUAGAGAACUGCAACUGCCGUAUGGUCCACAUGCCAGGAGAUGCUCCUUUCUGCACCCCUGAGCAGCACAAGGAGUGUGCAGAGCCUGCCCUCGGCCUCCUGGCAGAAAAGGACAGCAAUUACUGUCUCUGCAGGACACCCUGCAACCUGACCCGUUACAACAAAGAGCUCUCCAUGGUGAAGAUCCCCAGCAAGACGUCAGCCAAGUACCUGGAGAAGAAAUUUAACAAAUCUGAAAAAUAUAUCUCAGAGAACAUUCUUGUCCUGGAUAUAUUUUUUGAAGCGCUCAAUUACGAGACAAUUGAACAGAAGAAGGCGUAUGAAGUUGCUGCCUUACUUGGUGACAUUGGUGGUCAGAUGGGAUUGUUUAUUGGUGCUAGUAUCCUUACAAUACUAGAGCUCUUUGAUUAUAUUUAUGAGCUGAUCAAAGAGAAGCUACUAGACCUGCUUGGCAAAGAAGAGGAGGAAGGGAGCCAUGAUGAGAACAUGAGCACCUGUGACACAAUGCCGAACCACUCGGAAACCAUCAGCCACACUGUGAAUGUGCCCCUGCAGACAGCUUUGGGCACCCUGGAGGAGAUUGCCUGCUGACACCUCAGGCAACCCAGCACCUCCAAACAGACAUUAAGGCCCAAGACCCAGGACAGGGGACAGCAAGCUCAGAUGGGAUGGCCCCUGGUGACAGAAAGAAGCAAGAGCCCCCCCCCUAUGCACACAUUGCAGACUUCUGCCAAACCUCACUCUGGCCACAUCUGACAUGAAUCGUCCCGGGCCCUGCCAUGGGUCCUGCCACGGGUCCCUUGUAGGACCGAUGAGUCCCACUCCGGAACUGUCCAAGAACUAACCUGCCAUCACAUCUCACUGCCAGAUGUACAAAGCACCCGCAUGCUCAGACUUCUUAUGGCGCCACCUCCACUUCUGUCUUGUACAUGAUAUUUUCUCCAUGCAGUUUCCAGAGCCCACUCUGCUGUCUCUGCAGUGGGACCAGGUUCCAGCCCCAAAGCCACCCUGAGCCCAGCUCUGGAAUCAAAACUGCACAGUCAAGAAGGAAACCACCGAAUUCUCUACAAUGUUUGAUCCUUGUGUUGUUUGUGAAGGUUCUUAACCUGCCCACAAACCCUUGUCCCCCAAACUGGCCCAUGGGGCUCCUGCACUAAAGGUGACCAGUGCCAACCUCCUUCUUAUCCCAGCACCUGUGGAGGUGGUACAGUGGCCUGGGUGACCCCAGUAUUCGUCUAUGGAGCCACGUCGUUCUCACCCUGUGACACAGCUGUAGAGUUUGAUUUCUUUUGUUUUGUUUGGGGUGGGGGCUGUUUUUGUUUGUCUGUUGAUCGUUUUGGUUUGCUCUGUUUUAUGGUCUUCGAUUUGGAUGUUCUAAGGUUCAGUUUGGGUUUUCCAUUUUCUUUAAAGUUUAUUUAUUCGUGCUUCGAACCACAGUCAUAUUAAAAGCUGGUCUUGUGGAAGUGGCCACAUCA